ACGACUCACUGGUAUUGCUGUUGCUGCUGCCACGGGAGUCAACACAAUGAGCGUCUUUAUGAAAAUUUGUUGUUUCAUAGUCAACGCGCUAUGUCUGCCCUUCCAUAUCCUGAAAGCGCUGGGUCUGUACAACGCGUACAAACGCGUCUUCCCGUUCUGCGUGCACCAGAUUUCUGUCAAGUACAACAAGCAAAUGUACGAGAAGAAGAAGGAGUUGUUUCGUAAAGUGUCGGACUUCAGCAGACCCGGGGGACAGCUCACCAUUUUGGAGAUCGGCUGCGGGAGCGGCACCAAUUUUGAGUUUUAUCCCCCGGGCUGCAGGGUCAUCUGCACUGACCCCAACCCCAAUUUUCAGAAGUACUUGGAUAAAAACAUGAGCGUGAAUGACCACCUCGUCUACGACAGGUUCUUGGUGGCGUCGGGGGAGGAUCUGUCCUCGGUGGCGGAUGGAUCGGUGGACGCAGUUGUCUGCACCCUGGUUCUCUGCUCUGUCAACAGCAUUGAACAAACUCUGCAAGAGACACGCCGCAUUCUUCGACCAGGCGGAGCCUUCUUCUUCAUCGAGCACGUUCUCGGGGAAGAGUCAACGUGGACGCACUUCCUGCAGCACGUCUUUCAGCCGGUCAUGAACUACUUCGGUGACGGAUGCGAGAUCAACCGGCAAACGUGGAAACAAGUGGAGGCGGCCGGAUUCUCCGAAGUCUUUCUGAGGCACAUCCAAGCACCGUUCUUUAUCUUGAUCAGGCCACACAUCAUCGGCUAUGCUGUGAAAUAGCUUAGUUCGAUGAGCUGCGUCGUAAACUCCAUCACUGCCACGUAGGGCUGCAGCGAAUAGAAUUAAUUAGUAUGCUUGUCAUUAUUUCGAUUAAUCUAUUAGUUGUUUGGUCAGAAAAUGUUGAUGUUUCCCAAAACCUUGAAAUUGUCCACAAACCAAAAUAAGUUUGAAUGAUUUCUUUGUUCCCCGGAGCAAAGAAAUCAGAAAAUAUUCACAUUUAAGAAGCCAGAAAAACAGACAUCAUUUUUCAAUUAUUAAUCAUAUAGUUGCAGAUGAAGUUUGCAAUUGAUUAAGGAACAAUGAAUCAAUGCAGCCCUACUGCCAAGUAUGAAUAAGCCAUGUGCUAAAUGCCUGUCCUUUGUAAGACAGAAUUGUUCACGUGUGAGUUGAUUUGAUUUCAUACUAUUUUUAUUUUUGUACAAAAAAAACAAAA